UUAAGGGUUUAAGGGGUCAGCGCAGAAAGAGAAGCUCAAAUUGGGGCAACAGAAUGAAUAAAGAUAAAGGUAAACUUCGAACAGUAGCAGGUCUGCCUCGAACCCUUAAUGUGAACAAAUUUGCUGAGUCUCGAGCUUCUGAACUUGAAUCUCUGCACUCAAUUGUAAAAGAGCGUUUAAGUAAUGACUUUAGAUCUAAAAGAAGCAAGAGAAGGCGAACAACUGGGCAUGACAAUAGAGUGGCAAAAAGUAGAGUUAGAAAGAAGCAGAAACUAGGAGAGGAGAAUCUCAAUAAAUCAGACAAUUUGAAGAACGAUAAAAAGGCGCUUCCACGCCAUGUUCGUAGGAGAGUUGAGCUUAAAAAGAAUUCUCUGAACGGCUUCUCAACUUCAGGAGAUGGGACUAAGAGACUCAGAACCCACUUGUGGUAUGCUAAGCGUUUCACAAUGACAAAACUUUGGGGAUUCUACCUACCCCUUGGUGUGCAAGGCAGGGGGAGGGGCUCGAGAGCUCUUCUGAAGAAACUACAAGGAGGAGUACUUGUACAUGACGCAAGUUACUGCAGUGCUGUCCAGUUGGAGGGUCCACAGGAUUUGUUGAUGUCAAUCCUAAAUACUGUGCUUGUGCCUUCUCCAUACUCACAUUGUGAGGAUGCUCGUAAUGACGUACUCUCUGGUGCUAUCUAUGGUAGUGCUGAGCUCCAUCAUGUAGGAGCCACUUUUUCUAAGACAAUUGCUCCUGUAACCUAUAUGUGGCAACCGCAGCAGUGUAGGAAAACUGAUACAAAGGUCGAUCAUGCCGAUAUAUGUGGUGAACAACAGAAGAUUGAUGGAUGUGCUUCUUUAAGACGGCUAUGGGUUUGGAUACAUGCUGCUGCUUUCAGUGAAGGAUAUAAUACUUUGCAAAAUGCUUGUGAAAGGCAGGUAGAUGCUGCUGGCUCCAGAGUUAGUUGCAUUUCCCUUGAGGAUCAUCUCGGGAAGUUGGAAGUGAUUGGAUCAAGGGCAUCUGAGCUUCUUCAAAAGCUUUUACAUCCUGCAACCUGUUCUUCAUUAAAUUCUUCCCCGGUGAAGUAUGCAUCCUUCAUUGAGAAUGACGACCAAAUCCUUUCUUCAGCUAUCUUUUCUCUCUUUGUCAAUGAUCCUCGAUUUUUGAAUAAAGAUACUACUGAUCCUUUGGAAGCAAAGGGUCAAAAUAUACUAUCUUACAAGAAAGAUGAGAAGGGAAUUCCAAAUAGAGACAUGAAGUUACUCUCUUGCUCGUCCUUAGAAUGUGAAGGACGUCCUGGCUUAUCUGAGUGUAUAGAUCUCUGGGAUGCUAAAGAAGGCAUUGACCCUCCAAUAGAAGAAAACAUCCUGUGCAUGGAGAAACACCAUCAGCGUAUGGAGUUGUUUCGUGUUGGUGAUGUGAACUCACGCAGACAACAACCUUCUGUUGAGACACGGUUUUCUAGAGUCUGCCCUAUACUGCUUCUGAAAAGUGAGAACGAGAAAACUUCUAUUAUAAGAUGGUCUAUUAUUCUUCCGCUGUGUUGGAUCAAGGUCUUCUGGAUCUCUCUUGUGACCAAUGGUGCUCAAGCGAUUGGUUUGAGGGAGAAGCAUUGGAUUGCUUGUGAUCUUGGGUUGCCAUGCUUUCCAAGGGAAUUCCCUGAUUGCAACGCACACUCUUGUUUCAUGGCCUUGGAGGAAGCUGCUUAUGAUGAAAAGUCUGAGCUCCGUUCUCCUCACACAAGGACUUGGAAAGUUCCUGUUUCAUCUCCAUGGGACAGUGUCCGCCUUGCUCUAGAAGGACUCAGUGGGACAGGUCAUGAUCGGAUGCAACAUGAACAGCUUUCUCCAAACGAUAUGAUAAAGAACUUGGAAAUGAGUACUCCAUACUCGAGAAGAUGCAUAACUGACUCAGAGAGCAGUUGCAGUGCUCCAUUCGAGGGAUUCGUGGCAAGGACGUCUUAUGUUCUGACUCAGUUUUUAGAUGAGAUCAGUGGUAGUCAUCUACUUUUAUUUCCCAAAGCGCUUCACAGGACAAAGUGCAUAUCCAAAUUUAUGAAGGACGAAAGAAUAUUCAAUGAGGAUACAGUUAAGGGCAUUUACCAGAUAAAUCAGGACCAAAAGCUGUGUUUGGUCAGAGUUAUUCUGCACGCCCACAGAGAAGGUUCUUUCGAAGAAGGAGCAGUUGUUUGUGCACCUCAAAUUGAUGAUGUAAUGUUGUUCACAACCAGAUCAGAGAUUUCCAAAGGAGAACUUCAAGUACCCGAGUCCUUUGUGAGAUCAUGCUUCUCUCAGCAAGCAACUGGUAAAUGGGAAUUUCAAGUACCUGAAGAUCCUGCUGCCAAAGAAUCUUAUCGAUUACCAAUUGGCUUUAUUACAACAGGAUUUGUUCGAGGAAGUAAGAAGCCAGUAGCGGUGGCUCUUUGCGAGGCUGUCUGUCUUGCUCAUCUGAGAGAGGAACAGUGGAAAGCUGUAGGUGUUAGGAAAAGAAGGAAGGAGAUCUAUGUCCUGGUUAGAAACUUAAGGUCCACAGCAUAUAGACUUGCACUUGCUUCUAUCGUUCUCGAACAAUGGGAAGAUGAUGUUGAAUACAUGUGAUUAAACAUGGGGUUCGCGAUGGUUAUUUACAGUAUUUAUGCAGAAAACUCUUCCCGAAAAAAGACAGAGAAAUUCCAAUCUCAUGUUUGGUAUGUAU